AACAAAGUUUUUUUUGUUUAUUAUGUAAUUCAAAAAAUUUAAUAACAUAAUCUCAAAUUGUCAUAAUAUUACAAGUUUCAAAAAAGAGUACGUCAAAAAAUCAACUGUAGCCGCAGUCGACAUCAAUAAAUAUUGGCAGCCCUGUCCGCGGCGAUUUAAUUGCGAACCUACGAAGCGACGAAAAGGCAAAUCAAAAGAAGCAGCAGCAACAGCAGCCAACAGUAGUAGAAAAGCGUGGAAAAGUGCAGAUAAGUUUCAAGUUGAAUUUGCGUAUAGAAAAUAUCUUGAAAAACAGACAAAAAUCCUGACGCAGCUGAUAAAGCGCCAGAAAAAUUUCUGAAGCGCUCAGUGUUCGCAUGUUAAGCUAGUAAAUUUAGUUUGCUAAAGAAAUAGCGUAAAAUUGUUUGCUAUAAAGCGGCAGUGGUUCUUGUACAGAUUACAACGCGUAUAGGCAGGCGAAAGCAAAUAUAGAGCCUACAAAGACGGCGACAACGACCACCAGAAGAACACAGUGUAGAGUACAGGAGGCGAGUCAAUAGCUAUUAUAGCAGCAACAACAACAACGACGACUACAGUACCAGCAACAGCGGUCGACAACUGCUUUUGGUGCUUCUUUUUUGCAUUUUGUUUUAUUGGCGCAUACACCCGUCUUGGCAGUUAACGCAGCGCAGCACGCGUGUGUGUGUGUGUGGGGGAGAAAACAACUAUAGGAAAGCCAACAGCAGCAGCAGCAGCAAAGGAGCACAACAUUCAGAUUUUCAAGUCGACUACACGGUGUGUGACAGUGCUUAACAUUGAAAUAAUAAUUUGUUAAAAACUAGAUAAAGCAAUAGGCGCGACAAGAAGCUGCAAUUGAUAACAUCAACGCAUAAAUUCCGAAGACCUUAAAACUCAAGUGUUUAAUUGUUUCACUAAAAAGGAGCUGAAAUUGCAACAGCAGCUGAGAAUUACUUGUGAAAAAGUGAGACUAGUGCAUCAGAAGAAAAAUCAAAAAAAUAAAAAUAUAAAAUGGAAAAGAGAAUAGAACUGGAAAGACGCGCACGUAAAGCGAAUCAGAUCACAGAUUUAAAUCUGGAUAAUUGUCGGAGUACAAGUAUUGUGGGCCUUACAGAUGAGUACACUGCGCUCGAAUCGUUGAGCUUAAUCAAUGUUGGUUUAACCACACUAAAAGGCUUCCCCAAGUUGCCCAAUCUCAAGAAACUCGAACUUUCCGAUAACAGAAUAUCAAAUGGCCUCAACUACUUGACUACAAGCCCCAAAUUACAAUAUCUUAACCUGUCGGGCAAUAAAAUUAAGGAUCUGGAAACACUGAAACCUUUAGAGGAAUUCAAACAACUCGCUGUUUUGGAUUUGUUUAAUAACGAAGCAACACAAAUUGAUAAUUACCGUGAAAAGAUUUUCGAAAUGUUGAAAUCUUUAAAAUUCCUGGAUGGUUUUGAUGCGAACGAUGUGGAAGCGCCUUCAGAAGAUGAUGAUGACGAGGUCAACGGCAACGAUGGCGAAGAUGAUGGUGACGACGAUGGCGAGGAAGAAGACACGCAAAAAGCGUUUUGUUUAAAUGGUAUUGAAAUUGAUUUGGAUGAGUUGGAAGAGUUUGAGCAGCGUUUAAAGGCAAAGAAACAGCUUCAGGGCAACGCUGCUGCUGCGAAAAAUCAAAAGACUGUUGACGAAGUUGAUGACUUAGAUGAGUUGUUGAAGGAAAUAAAAUUGAAAGAUGUAGCAACAAGUUCUAACUGUGAUAAGCUAUCCACGGCAUCUCAGGCCACAGAUGCAAUGGUGGUCAAGCCAACGGAUGCUGAAACAGCGAAUGCACCGCCAUUGCCUUUUGCUCUUAUACUCUAUUGGUUUUUAGCGAUACUUAAUCUGGCAAAUGCCACUUUUUAUUCCUGCGAUGAGGAGGACUAUGCCAGCUCGUAUGUAUCCACAUCUGAUGUUUCGUUAUCGGAGGUGUAUAAUGAAGAUCUGGAAGAGGAUAACUCCGAAUGGGAUGAAGAGAAUGCAGCCGAAGAUGAAUUUGAGGAUACCGAUGACGAUGAUAGUGAUGAGGACGGCGAAGGAGAGGGGGGUAAUGCGUCUGCUAAGGGUAAAGCAGGCAAGGAAAAAUCGUCAUCCAAUUCCGCCGCUGCAAAAGCAGAAACCGCUGAAGCAAAUAAUACCGCUACCGUAGAUGGCGCUGCUGAAGAGGAUGAACCGCAGGCUCGGGGAAAGAAAAGAAAGCACGACGGUUAAAAAGUGCUUUAUAAUGACGACACAUCAUCGUAGCAUUUGUUUACAAAAAUCCAAUUAACGUUUUUUCUACAAUUUUAAUUUAACAAAGAAAGAUAUAAUAACAAAAACCACAACUAAAAACAAAACAACACAUGUCUAUAUCAGUUUAUACAUUAAUGAGAAGCGCAAACAAAACAGCCAGCAGCAAGUUUGAA